GCUGCCGGCGCCGCUUCUCCUGCCGCGGCGUUACCUCCAUGCUAACGAAGGAGGAGCUUCGGCUUUCCCCUCGCUUCCUCUACUUCUCCUUGAAGGUUUUUCGCGGGGCGGCUUCCGGCGCUUGGCUUUAUUUAUUGAUUUAUUUAUUGGCGUCUUUUUUAGCCCCCCCCGAAGCCUACUCGGGUGCAGGUGACACACCCUCCUCGCUCCUCCCCUUCAUUCACCCCGCUUCUUAGCGCCAGCGGUUCGCGAGCGUUUCGAGCAGGUCCUGCCUUGCUACAGCUGGCUGAAGGCAAAUGCCGGGACGUUUUCUGGCCGAGGGAGACGGGAGACGCUGCCCUUCUCCUCUUCGCUGCGCGGCUCUCUCUCCCUGAGCGGAUCGAGCUCGGGAAAGGAGGGGGGGGAGGGAAGGAGAGCGCUUCGGGAAUCGGAGGGAAGAGCGGGCGACGGCGCCGAGGAAGCAAACACAAGGAUCGCCCGCGGACUGAGCAGAGCUGUCCAAAGAUGUCAUCUCAAGCAAAGUUCAAGAAAGACAAAGAGAUUAUAGCAGAAUAUGAAACUCAAGUGAAAGAAAUUCGUACCCAGUUGGUGGAGCAGUUCAAAUGUCUAGAACAACAGUCUGAAUCCCGAUUACAACUUUUGCAAGACCUUCAGGAGUUUUUCCGUAGAAAGGCUGAGAUUGAACUGGAAUAUUCCAGGAAUCUGGAAAAAUUAGCGGAAAGAUUUUCCUCCAAGAUUCGUAGCUCCAGAGAACACCAUCAAUUCAAGAAGGAUCAACACCUUCUUUCUCCUGUGAACUGCUGGUAUCUGGUAUUGACACAGACCCGAAGAGAGAGCAGAGACCAUGCCACUCUGAAUGACAUCUUCAUGAAUAAUGUCAUUGUCAGGCUCUCCCAGAUAAGUGAGGAUGUUAUUCGGCUGUUUAAAAAGAGUAAGGAAAUUGGUCUUCAAAUGCAUGAAGAACUCCUGAAGGUUACAAAUGAACUCUACACUGUGAUGAAGACUUACCACAUGUAUCACGCUGAGAGCAUCAGUGCUGAAAGCAAGCUGAAGGAAGCUGAGAAGCAAGAAGAGAAGCAGUUCAACAAAGCAGGGGACAUCAGUGUGAACCUAUUGCGGCAUGAAGAUAGGCCUCAGCGCCGCAGCUCAGUUAAGAAGAUUGAGAAGAUGAAGGAAAAGAGGCAAGCAAAAUAUUCUGAAAACAAGCUCAAGUGCACUAAAGCUAGGAAUGAUUAUCUGCUGAACCUAGCAGCCACAAAUGCAGCAGUCAGUAAAUACUACAUCCAUGAUGUUUCCGACCUAAUUGAUUGCUGUGACCUGGGAUUCCAUGCUAGUUUAGCACGGACAUUCAGAACAUAUCUUUCUGCUGAAUACAAUCUAGAAACCUCACGCCAUGAGGGGUUGGACAUAAUUGAAAAUGCUGUAGACAACCUGGAUGCACGAAGUGACAAACAUACAGUCAUGGACAUGUGCAACCAGGUCUUCUGUCCUCCUCUGAAGUUUGACUACCAGCCUCACAUGGGGGAUGAGGUAUGUCAAGUGAGCGCCCAGCAGCCAGUUCAGACGGAGUUGCUCAUGCGAUAUCAUCAGCUACAGUCUAGACUUGCCACACUCAAAAUAGAGAAUGAAGAGGUGCGAAAAACAUUGGAUGCCACUAUGCAGACACUGCAAGACAUGCUGACUGUGGAAGAUUUUGAUGUCUCAGAUGCCUUCCAGCAUAGUCGCUCAACUGAGUCCAUCAAAUCAGCUGCUUCAGAGACUUACAUGAGUAAAAUAAACAUUGCCAAGAGAAGAGCCAACCAACAAGAAACUGAAAUGUUCUACUUUACUAAAUUUAAAGAGUAUUUGAAUGGCAGUAACCUUAUUACUAAGCUGCAGGCUAAGCAUGACUUACUGAAGCAGACUCUAGGAGAAG